AGGUUCUCCACGUGUCUGCUGUUGAUCCGAGCGCAGAGCGUCUGUCAAGGGCACGAGUGACUGUUUACACUGCUAACACUGCAACACCUCGUGCAUUCAGCAAACACAGCAAACACAGUCGUGUCAGCCGGCUCAGAGCAGAGCGUUUCCAGUGACACAAGAGUCCUGUCAGCCGGCUCAGAGUGACACAAGAGUCCUGCCAUAGUAACCAAACAGGUGUGGCACCUGCACCAGGUGUGUUUGACUAUCAAAUAGCAGAGAGAAGCAGCUCUCGGAGCACUCACAGUCUGUCAGCAGCACAGCAGAAGAGAAUCAGACUGCUGGAGAGCAGCCGAUGAAACAUGAACUGGGGGUUCCUGGAGAAUGUGUUGAGCGGGGUGAACAAGUACUCGACUGUGGUGGGACGGGUCUGGCUGUCCAUCCUCUUCGUCUUCCGCAUCCUGGUGUACGUGGCCGCCGCCGAGCAGGUGUGGAAGGACGAGUUCAAAGACUUCGUCUGCAACACACAGCAGCCGGGCUGCGAGCAGGUGUGCUUCGACCGCUUCUUCCCCAUCUCUCAAGUGCGGUUAUGGGCCAUUCAGCUGAUCACGGUGUCCACCCCGUCGCUGCUGGUGGCUCUGCACGUGGCUUACAGGGAGCACAGAGAGAGCAAGUACAAGAGGAAGCUGUACCAGGACAAGGGCAGCCUCGACGGAGGACUGUUCUUCACCUACAUCACCAGUCUCAUCCUCAAGACGUCCUUCGAGGUGGCCACUCUGCUGGCUUUCUACUUCCUGUACAGCGGCUUCCACGUUCCCCGCUUGCUCCAGUGUGACGAGAGCCCCUGUCCCAACACCGUGGACUGCUACAUCGCAAAAGCCACCGAGAAGAAAAUCUUCCUUUACAUCAUGGGCUGUACGUCUAUACUGUGCAUUGUUCUGAAUGUGGUGGAGAUGAUGUAUAUCAUAUGGAAGCAGUGCUGGAAGUGCUUCAGUAAGAGGUACACUCCUGUGCACGAGAGACGGCCUCCGUCCACGCUCACUCUCGGCUCACCGCCGCCGCUAGACACGUCUAAAGAGGAAGGACUUCAUUCUGCACCGGCUGGAAGGGAAAGCCCAAAGCUUGCUGCUUCAUGAGCACUUGGGCUUUAUUCAUGCAAGCUACACCAGUUCUUCUCCGCUGAUGGCUCACAGACAGCAAGGAAACACAAGAACAAACUACAGUCACGAAGAGCUACAGUAGCAUAACAAACACAAGUAACUUUAAAAAGGGAAAAUUUGACUCCAGCAUGGCCUAAUACUCACAAACCAUCAACAAGAUGACAAAAUACAGCCCAGAUGACGUUAAAUACAGGUUCAUUUGGAACAAGGGAAAGUAUGUCUUGAGCGGAAAACAUUAAACUAUGAAUAUUAUCAACUAACUGUAUUUUAUUACUAAGGCUGCCAUGUUGAUUUAGCAUAUUGUUAUGCCUGCAAAGUUUAUGGUCAUAUUAUUAUAUUUAUUUUUGUAUGAUAAGUAAUUGUGGUGCUGUCCAAUUACAGAACAAGAUGAGAACCACUUGGUUUAACUGUAGGGACUCACUUCAUAUUGUCUUUACCUACUAAAUUAAUAAUUCGAUACAAUGUCCUUAUUGUGUAUAUCUUACAUUAAAAAAAAAUACCUUUCUGUAGUCACAUCUUUAAUUACACAGCAGACCCUUGCUUAAUCACAUCCCUAACCUUAACCCUAUCCCACCUCAGUAGUGAUCUGCAAUACAACGAACAGAAGUACAUCACACCAGACUAUUCAUUACUUUAGAUGCAAGUACACAGUCGUUAAAACACAUAAUAUAAAGUGGAACCAACUGUACUUAAAGACUGUUUCUUUUACAAGUCAAAAAUAAAUAUCCUUCUCUGAUAAUCAUGGUGGAUCAGUCAGUGCAUUAUUAAACAUUAAGUUGAUUGAGAAAGAAAGAAAAAAUAAAUUACUCUACUUUUAAAGCACCUACCACAAUAUGGACAAAAGUAUUGGGACCCCCCUUCAAAUGAACAGGUUAGACUACUUCAGUAAUUUCCAUGAUUACAGAUAUACAGUAUUAGGGAAUUGUGUGCUUCUAUUUUUAUAGCAACAGUUUGUACAGGACCCUUUUCUAUCAUGACAUGACGAUGCCUCUGUGUAUAAGGCAAGGUUGAAAAAUCAAUGAUUGAUUGAGUCAGUGUGGAAGAGCUUGACUCAUCUGCAGAAAACCAGACCUUGAGCCAAAACCAAACACCAGUGACAUGUAGAUAUGAUGACAGUCAUUUCAGACACUUCCAAAACUGUUGCAACAGAGAUGGAUAUACCAAUUUGGAAAUACAUGAAUUAUGUUUCCAUCUUUGUUGCCAUUUCUUUUCUAAAGAAGGGGGUGUCCAAAUACAUCUAGCAUAUAUAGUCAAUAGAUCAACUCUUUUUGUUUCCAUGUAUACAUGAUAUAAUUGUUUGUUAUACUGGGAUAAUCAUAUGUUUGAUCCCCUUAACAUCGCUCAAAGCAGUUGUAUAAUUUCAAAAACCAUGCAAACAAGGAUGAGACCAACACGGAGUAACAAAAUGCAAGCUGUAUUAAAUUGGUUGCUAUUGAUUAACAUACAGACUGCUGGUGGCAGUAGUUGAUCAAAGAGCCACACACAACAUUAUGGACAAAUUUCAGAUUUACAAGGUAAACAGGACCAAAACAUUUACGAAUUAUACACAGCACUACAUAACAUCAGAGUUGAUGAUUCACUUUCAGCUGGAUAGAAAAAGUCCAAUGGAAUAUUAAAAAUUACAAGUCUAUCCAACACUCAAAAA